AAUGGUCGAAACCCCUUUGGAAGUUGAGAGAAUUGGGCCAGAAAAAAGUAAAUACUUAUAUCGCUCAUCAAAAGCUUAUUUUACCUAUGGUUCAAGUCAAACAAAAUUUCAAAACGGUUAUUUAGGUUUAAAUUCAUCGGAAGUGAGUGGUGUAUUUCAUAUACGAUAUCCUGAAUCGAAGCCGUUACGAGCUACAAAGAUAGAACUUUUGUUUUCAGGAAUAAUUCAUAUUCAAUGGUCCGAUUACAAUGGUUAUCAUUGCUCUAAUAGCAGAGAAAUUUGCAUGCAAGUGAAAUGUAUUUGGAAGAGCAAUUCCAACUAUGAAAACAUAACAUGUUUUGAUUAUCCGUUUAGUUUUGUAAUUCCAAAAGAGUCACCUUCUUCAAUAAAUUAUGUUGGUAAAUAUAGGGCAAACGGAAUGAUAUAUUACACUAUGAGUGCGAUAAUUCAUCGAAAAACAACUAAAAUUUUUGAGAAUUCGGAAAAACUUGUUGAAGUUAGGGUAGAUAUUCGACGAUGGCAAUUACCAACAUGUCCAGUUUAUGAGCCGGAAUUAUUAAUUAAACAAACCAAUUUAUUUGAAUGUAGAGUAUUGAUAUAUAAAACAGCAUUUGAUAUUCAUGGUUUUAUUAAUAUUCCAAUUAAUUUUCGAUUAUUUAAUCAAGAAGUAACAGUGAAGAAGAUUUUUGUGAAAUUAAUGGAGUAUUUUAAACUAAUAACUAUGGCAUCAUAUUAUAAAAGAUGCUUGAUAAAACAAUCUGUGAAUGGUAGUCAAGUGUUACCUAUACCAAAUAGCGAAAAUGAGUUUAGUGUGAUUGUGAAAUUGGAUUUAUCAAAGGUAAAAAAAUUGUGGAAUAACGAAGCAGUAAUAAAUUGCAGUUGUGUUACAGAAUUAUUUGAAGUUUCGCAUAAAGUAAAAAUUGAGAUUUUGAUGGGUAAAGCCGACAAAGUAAAAUUUAAAAAGCAGGUUGAGUUGUGUAAUAUUAUCAGUGAUGACGCUUUGGAAGAACAUAUGAAUGAUCUGGAACGUAUAUUGUAA